AUGACGGAGGUUUACGACAACAAAGACUUCUUCGCAGAGUACUCUGCCAUGGAUCGGUCCGUGAAAGGGUUAGAUGGCGCACCGGAGUGGCCACAAUAUCGAGCUCUUCUUCCAAAGCUAGAUGGUCUCAACGUCCUUUAUCUGGGAUGUGGAAUGGGAUGGUUCUCCCGUUGGGUUGUGGGUCAAGGAGCAAAGUCUUCUCAAGGCCUUGGCAACUCUCACAACAUGCUGGCUCUAGCGGAGGAGAAGACGAACCAUGGAGACAUUUCCUACGAAUUUGCCAACCUAGACCAGGUCUCCUUUGGGGAGGAUAUGAAGAAUAAGUUCGACCUAGCUCAUAGCUCUCUGGUUCUUCACUACUUGGUCAAUCUUGAAGAGCUUGUCAAGCAAGUGCACCAAGUCCUUGUCCCAGGAGGAAACUUUGUCUUUUCCGUCGAGCAUCCUAUCUUCACUUCCACUUAUCAUCAAGACUGCAUAGUUGAUGACAAGACUGGUAAUACAUAUUGGUCACUGAGCUAUUACCCUGAUGAAGGUACACGACAGAUUCACUGGCUAAGCGGAAAUAUGGAGAAGCAGCACAGGGCUACCGCGGCUUAUAUCAAUGUACUUUUGAACAAUGGGUUUGAGAUCAAGGGUUUCGAUGAGUGGUGCACACCGCAGGAUAUUCUUGCGAGUUUUGGAAGGUACGGGGUUCGGGAAUCGCCCAUGUUUCUGAUGAUAUCUGCUGUGAAGAAGUAA